AUGUCCAAGAUCUCAAUUGGUAGAAGAACUUGGAGGCUCUAUUUUAUUGUCACAAUUGUUAUACUGAGUCUUUACUCUUUUUUUGAGCCACAAGUAAACGAUAAUGUAUCUUAUUAUGUCGACACUCUACAGAAUAAUGCAAAAAUAAAACAGAAUAUUUAUUUACAAAACUCAUUGUCUUCCCUGAGAGUUACCCCAUUAAAUAGAGUCCCCGUGUCUCCCCUAGAAGUCAUACCAGAUUAUGAUAGGGAUGUUAAAAUAAAAAGAAGUUCAUUUUUCAACUAUAUAUUUAAUAGAAAUUAUUUUAAAGACUUCCAGGAUCUAGAUAUAGAUUUGAAGUGUGAUUUUUAUUUAAAAAAUUUAUAUGAAAUUAAUCAAGAUUGGACCAAUGAUUUUGAUUCUGUAUCUUAUUUAACUGAUGAUGUUAAUGAAAAUGAAAUGUUAGAAAAUUUGAAAAAAAAAAUGGGAUCUCAAUUGGUUGAUAAAGAUGCAUUAACUUUGUUUCGAAGAAAAAAUGAUAUCACUUUAGCAUAUCAAAGAUUAAGAAUUUAUGAUAGAUGUUUCAUACAGAAUAAUGUUGAUAUUAACAAGAUAUUCAAUAAAGAUCUCGAAAUUGAUAAUAAAGAGGGUAAAUUUCAAAAUAAUUUUCAUCAACCAAACCCAAAAUUAGAAUAUUCAAAUCAAUUCGAGUUCGAACAUAGAAUGUUCCCCUUUUUAAAAUAUUUUAAUGAAAAUAAUUUUACUGAAAUGAUUCCACAUUUUAAAGGGCCUGAUGGGAAAGAUAUUGUUAAGGGUAAAAUUCCAAUUAUUGAUCCAACUGAUGGUUCUUUGAUACAUUCUGAUGACUACAAUUAUGAUAUCACUAAAACUUUCUGGAGUAAUUGGAACAUCUUAAGUUCCAAGGUAGGAAAACGUGGUAUUAUACUAAGUUUUUCAGAUGGUCAAACUGAAACUGCAUUAAGAUUAAUUUCUACUUUGAGAUUUAUGGGGAAUAGAUUACCAAUCCAAAUUAUUUUCAAAAAUGAUAUCUCCGACAAAUCAAUUGAACAAGUUUUUUAUGUAGCUACUAAUAAAAAUUAUAAACCUUUUAAUGAUCAAGUUAAUUGGGAACAUAAGAAUGACGUGAAACAGAAUGUUUAUUUUGUUGAUAUUGAAAACUUACUUGAUCCAAAAUAUAAAGACAAAUUCAGUAGGUUUAAAAAUAAAUGGUUAGCUUCAAAUUUUAACAUGUUUGAAGAAUUUUUAUUCAUUGAUACAGAUGCCAUUACUUAUAUUGAUCCAAAUGAUUAUUUCGAAUUACAAGAGUAUAAAGAAUCUGGGACUGUCUUUUUCAGGGAUCGUACCUGGCCAAAACAGUGGGGUGAUGAAGCUAAAUGUUCUUCUUUGAUGUCAUUAUUACCUCCAAGAAUCUUAGAAAGUAAAUAUUUUAAUAAUUAUCCAUUAUUUGAUGUCGACUACAUUAAAGAAACGCCUUCUACUAGAUUAUCAAUUGAAGAAAAAAUAUAUAAAAGAUAUUUUGAAAAUGGUCGUAUCCAUCAAAUGGAAUCUGGUGUUUUUGCAAUUAAUAAAAAUAAACAUAUUAUUUCGAUUUUAACUGGUACUAUCUUAAAUAUCGAUCAUGUUACAGAAAGUUGUGGGUAUGGUGAUAAAGAGUUUUUUUGGUUUGGAUUUAUGAUUUCUGGCCAUAAAUAUAGAUUCUAUAAUACUACUGUAGGCGUUAUUGGUAAUUAUGAUCCAAUUCAUAAAUCGGAUGUUCAAGAAGUUGGCGAAAUAUGUUCCGUUCAAAUCAGUCAUUUUACACACGAUAAUAAGUUAAUGUGGAUAAAUGGUGGUUCUAAUAAUUGUAAAUUUGGAGGUUUCUCCGAUAAAGAUUGGGAUAAAAAGGAAUUGAAAAGGUUAGGUAAAAGUUUUUCAUCAAAGGAUGAAUUUAAAAAUUUCUAUCAUAUUAAACCAAUCAGCUCCAACUAUGGCAUGAUCUCAGGUGAUGGAUAUUCUUCAUGGAGAAAGAUCGAUCAAUUAUGUGGUGGUUACUACUAUUGUGUUCGUUACGAAAGAAGGUUAGCAGAUGCUGAUUUUAAAGACGGUACUGAGCUAGGUGAAUUGGUCAUUUUUGAUGACCAGGAUCGUCUUCGUAUUGAUUAUACUAAUACAGUAUGGGCAUAUUUUGAUCAUAAAGCCUUAGAAAAAGAGAUGAAUCCUGAUAAAAAUUAG